AUGAACCUUGAGGUCCAGGGCAUCCACAGUGUGCGCUGGUUGUUGAGGGGAGACGCGGUGAAGCGACUAUGCAAGGUGCUCGGAGCCACGUUUGUGCUCCGUCACGAGAAAGAGCAUGACAUGUACGAGGUGGUGACGUCGUACAAGUUCCAGUUCUGCCUCCUCGCUGACAUCCUCGGCGACAUGAACGUCCUCAACCGUUCAUUCCAGAAGCGCCAGGUGGGCGUCACCGAGGUGGCGAAGACCGUCGAGUCGGUCACCAACGACCUCGCGCACAGUUACCCUCGACACCAAGGUCGUCUUCGGUGGAACUGGCAACGGGUGGCUGCCGAAGUUCAUGACGCUAGCCUCAAGAAGAGGCGCCCGGCGCAGAGUGUCGUUUUCCCUGCGGAUGAGCGGAAGCGCAAAGGGAAGGAACCGGAGGAGGAAGAGGCGGGACCCAGCGAGCUGAUGCAAGAGGAGGAGGAGUACGCGGAGUCCGACGAUGAUGGAGAUGAGCGGGUUUUGGAUCCAGAGAUCGAAGAGUCCCCACCCCGAGAUUACUCUGACGAAGACGACAACCCCUUCCUGUCCGGUGGCGAGGAGGAGGGGGAAGAGACUUACCACAUUGACAAGCCCCUUCACUAG